AUGACGGUGGUGCCGAUUGUUUAUGGUGGUUCGGUGGUUGUGGGUGGUUUAGAGAUGGUGGUGGCGCCUAGCAAUAAUGAGUGGCUUCAGCACAUAAACAUGUCUUCUUCCAGUACCCAUCAUCCUAGUGCUCCCUGUGCAGCCUGCAAGUUCUUGAGAAGAAAAUGCAUCAAAGGAUGUGUUUUCUCACCAUAUUUCCCACCAGAAGACCCAAUUAAAUUCACAAAUGUUCACAAAAUAUUUGGGGCAAGCAAUGUUAGCAAACUUCUUAAUGAAAUUGAACCUCAUCAAAGAGAAGAUGCUGUCAACUCUUUAGCCUAUGAAGCCGAGGCGCGUCUAAAAGACCCCGUUUAUGGUUGUGUUGGUGCAAUUUCUGUACUCCAAAGGCAAGUUCUUCGACUACAAAAGGAACUAGAUGCAACUAAUGCAGAUCUUAUUCGGUUUUCAAGUAACCAAAACAUAUUAAACAUGCCGCAAAGUACCUCGGGGAAUUAUCCACAAAACCCUCAUGCCUUGCCACCUAAUUAUGGUACUUAUUCAUGGAAUUACAACCCUUAA